AUGGACGCGGUCUUCAACUUAUCCUGCAGCACCCGCCCCACCGUCACCAGCACCUCCACCCUCGCCGCUGCUGCAGGCGUGGGCUACGACGACGGCAAGGACCGCAUCAGCGCCCUCCCCGAAGACCUCCUCUACGACGUCGUCUCCCGCCUCCCCAUCAGGGACGCCGUGCACACCACCACGCUCUCCAACCGCUGGCGCGACAUCUGGAGCUCUGCGCCGCUCGUCCUCUUCGACCAGGACAUAGACAUCGACCCAGGGCCCAAGCGCGUCUCCGUCGUCGACAGCGUCCUCGUGAGCCACCGGGGCCCGUUCCGCUCCGUCGACCUCUUCUCGUGCGACUCGAAGGACCACGAGCCCGAGCUCGCCCGGUGGACGCGGAUCCUCGCCGAGAGGGGCGUCCAGGACCUCGUCUUCAUCAGGCCCCGGGUGACCGUCGACAUGGCCCUCCCCGCCGCGAUUCUCCGCUGCGACAAGCUCUGCCGCCUCCACCUUGGUUUCUGGGAGUUUCCGGACACCACCAACCUCUCGAACGGCGUUCCCAACUUCCCAAAGCUUCGGGAGCUCAAGGUCUUCGGCAUUCUCAUGGCGGACGGGGACCUCGACCGCAUGCUCUCUUCCAGCCCCGCCCUCGAGAAGCUGGCGCUCGACAUGAGCCACCGCCCGCCAAAGCAUGUCCGUCUCCUCGGCCAGAACCUCAAGUGCGUGAUCUCCUAUGAUUCACAUGUGGGGGUCAGGAUUGUUCAAGGCGCACCUGCGCUGAAGGUGCUUGGGUACUCGGAUACAAGAGUCCACCAGCUCCGAUUUGGGGACAACGACAAAGUCAACAAGGUGGCGUCUGAUGAUAUGAUGCUCCUGUGUGCAGGCUGGCACGAAUGCAAGCCCAAUGUGCAGGGUCUCCAGUGUCAAAAUCUUAGCAAUAAAGGUGAAUUUCUUUGCAGAAGUCCAGAUGCUGCCCAGUUUGCUCAGAUGCUUUCCCAGAAUCGAGGUUUUGCACAUAGAGUCUGCUGUUUCUGA